UGGGGCCGGCCCGAGCCCUGCGCCUCGCGUGCGGGGUCCUCGGCCCGGGGAGGGAGGUGGAGAGGCGUGCGACAGCUGGCUUCUGGCCCGGGUCCUGCGGAGCCCUUCCGGGUGCCUCCGGCUGACGCCACGACUGGCGGCCGGGCCCUCACUGUCCUGGCCCUCUCACCCCAGAUGCCGGUGGCCGUGGGUCCCUACGGGCAGUCCCAGCCCAGCUGCUUCGACCGUGUGAAGAUGGGCUUUGUCAUGGGUUGCGCCGUGGGCAUGGCGGCCGGGGCGCUGUUCGGCACCUUCUCCUGUCUCAGGAUCGGAAUGCGAGGUCGAGAGCUGAUGGGUGGCAUUGGGAAAACCAUGAUGCAGAGUGGCGGCACCUUUGGUACAUUCAUGGCCAUUGGAAUGGGCAUACGAUGCUAAUUAGGGCAGUGAUUGCCUGCACCUACAUUUCCCCAUCCAUUUUGACCCUUGUACAAUAAUAAAGUUUUUUUCUUCUCA